CUAUAUAUAUAUUUUUUGUUUGUAAACAUGGAAGAUUAUUACUUUGAACCUUCAUCUCCUCUAAAGAUAUACACAGAUUUUUCAAGAGAGCAAGACCCUCAACAAAGGUGGCACCCUACCCCAUCAGAGGUUGUUGAAGAGAUUAGACAGCUUUACACGAUCGCCUUUCCCAUGAUCAUCACAGGUCUACUUCUCUAUGGUAAGUCCGCGAUAUCGAUGCUUUUCAUGGGAAGACUAGGCAAAGAAGUUUUAGCAGGUGGAUCUCUCUCGAUUGGCUUGGCCAACAUCACAGGCUACUCGCUCCUUUCUGGCCUGGCAAUAGGCAUGGAGGCCGUCUCUUCUCAAGCCUGUGGUGCCAAGCAAUGGCUUCUCAUGGGUCUGGCACUGCAACGCACCAUAAUCAUUCUCGCCAUGAUCUGCCUACCCAUCUCGCUCUUGUGGCUCAAGGUCGAGCCCAUCCUACUCUACUGUGGCCAAGACCCGACUAUUGCCUCCGUUGCGUCUACUUACCUGGCCUUCUUGCUCCCUGACCUCCUGUUUCAAUCCGUUAUUAACCCUCUCAAGAUUUACUUAAGGACCCAGAAAAUUACUCUCCCUCUCAUGCUCAGCGCCGGCUUCUCUCUAGCACUGCACGCACCCAUCAAUUACUUGCUCGUCUACCACUUUGACCUCGGCAUUCGCGGGAUUGCCAUGGCAGUGGCAUUGACAGACCUCAACCUCCUGUCAACCCUUCUGCUCUACUUGUACUUGUCUGGUAACCACCGCAAGUCAUGGCCAGGUUGGUCAGUCGACUGCUUCCGUGAAUGGUCACCGAUUCUCAGUCUAGCCAUCCCAAGUUGUGUCUCCGUCUGCUUGGAAUGGUGGUGGUACGAGCUCAUGAUAAUAUUCUCUGGCCUACUUUCAAACGCUGCGGAGUCAGUGGCUACCAUGGGCAUUCUAAUUCAAACAACCUCCUUCGUCUACAUUUUCCCUUCGGCGCUCAGUCUAGCCGUGUCCACGAGGGUUGGAAACGAGUUGGGCGCCAACCGCCCUGACCGAGCAAAGCUAUCGACUCGAGUGGCGCUGUCUUGUGCUAUAAUAACUGGCUUCAUGGCCAUGUCCUUCACCACAACGAUGCGAGACGCCUGGGGACGAGCAUUCACAACCGACCAACUCAUAAUAUCAUUAACUGCGACGGUGAUGCCGGUAUUGGGACUAUGCGAGCUAGGGAACUGCCCACAAACUACUGGUUGUGGAGUUUUGAGAGGUAGCGCGAGGCCAUCGUUGGCAGCCACCAUAAACCUCGGCUCCUUCUAUGUGGUGGGAAUGCCCGCAGCAGUACUAAUGGGCUUUGUAAUGGAUAUGGGUUUAUUGGGCCUGUGGAUGGGCCUACUUAUGGCACAAGCAACAUGUUCAGUGGUGAUGGUGUUGGUGUUGAUGAGAACAGAUUGGAUUCUCCAAGUAAGACGGGCAAGUGAGCUCACCGGUAGUACUUGUAGUAAUAGUAAUAAUAAUAAUGACAAGUGACAAGAAUGAAGAAAAAACUGGGGAAACAGACGACAUUGAAGGGCUCUUAUCAAUCAAGCUGGGCCUGGGUCUGGACUUUGGUGGGAAACCCAGUUGGCGGUGAAAGUCUACCACCUCCUUAUGACCAUACACUUCAAUUGAUUGUUAAACCACGGAGGAUGGUGAUGGAAAUAGACACAAUAAGGGAAAGAAAUUUUAUAUUAGGUGGGCCUGUAAUCCUGGAUUUCUGUUCUAAAAUCUUCUGCUCUGUAUGAUUAUUCUCUUCUGGUAAGUGAAUCAAUAAGAAUCGAAAAUGUUUGAAAUAUUU